UGGCACUUGGCAAACGAUAAACUACGCGAAUUUCCCCAUCGCUUUUUCCGCUAAACACUCCCACUUUUCCAACGCCAUUGCCUCUCUGCAACUCCUUCUUCCUCACUCUGAAGCUCAUUUUCACCAAUUCUUCAGUUUUCCCACUGACCCAUUUCGUGUCCAGCUUCUUCUGGACCCCCCAAUUGCUCUCUUGAACCCCUUAACCGGGAAUUAUUGCGUUUGAAGUUUCACUGAUUCAGUGUUUUACUUCUUAGUGUUAGUUCUCACGGUGGGUCGAGGUUGUUUUGGUCUGGUUUGGGUCGAUGAUGGCCCUUCAUUCAGCAGCAUUCUGCUUCCAUGGCGUUCCUAAUGUUACUCAUGAAUUGUUCACAAACAGGCAAUGGGCGGUGAAAUCGUCAUUUGGGUCUUUGAGAACUCGUGUAGUUUCAGAAUCUCGGUUGAGGGUGCAAGUGAAAGCGUUUUCUGGAGAUGGUGUUUUUGCGGAGUCAAAUGAUUCAUCUCUUGUAGUUUGUUUUGGAGAAAUGUUGAUUGAUUUUGUCCCUACUACUAGUGGACUAUCUUUAGCUGAGGCACCUGCAUUCAAAAAGGCUCCAGGUGGUGCUCCUGCUAAUGUUGCUGUUGGCAUAUCUCGUCUUGGUGGCUCAUCUGCUUUUAUAGGCAAGGUUGGUGCAGAUGAAUUUGGUUACAUGCUUGCUGAUAUAUUGAAGGAAAACAAUGUGAGAAAUGAAGGGAUGCUGUUUGAUCCUGGGGCACGAACGGCUUUAGCAUUUGUUACUCUGCGAAAUGAUGGGGAACGCGAGUUCAUGUUUUACCGCAACCCUAGUGCUGACAUGUUACUUCAAGAAUCUGAACUCAAUUAUGAUUUGAUCAGGAAGGCGAAGAUCUUUCAUUAUGGUUCUAUAAGUCUUAUUACUGAACCAUGCAAGUCGGCUCACAUUGCUGCAGCAAAAGCUGCAAAAGAUGCUGGUGCAGUUCUUUCCUAUGAUCCUAACCUGAGGCUUCCACUGUGGCCUUCUGCAGACAGUGCCAUAGAAGGAAUUCUAAGCAUAUGGGAUAUCGCAGAUAUUAUUAAGAUAAGUGAAGAAGAGAUUAAAUUUCUGACAAGAGGAGAAGAUCCAUUUGAUGAUGCUGUUGUUCGUAAACUGUUUCAUCCAAAUCUUAAAUUACUUCUGGUCACUGAAGGUCCUGGUGGUUGUAGAUAUUAUACCAAGGAAUUCAGUGGAAGAGUGAAGGGUCUAAAGGUGGAUGCAGUUGACACCACUGGUGCAGGGGAUGCCUUUGUUGCUGGCAUAUUAUCACAGCUAGCCACCGACCUCUCUUUGCUUCAGAAAGAGGACAAAUUGAGAGAUGCUCUUCUGUUUGCCAAUGCUUGUGGUGCAUUGACUGUCAUGGAGAGAGGGGCCAUCCCUGCUUUGCCAAACAAAGAAGCUGUACUUAAUGCAAUCUUCAAAACUGUGUCCUAAGUCCCUGUUUCUCUCUCUAGGAUCUGUAUGUAUAAUACCCAAGACCUAAUUUCCACAAAUUUUGGGCAGAUUUUGUAAUUUCUCUCAAUUAGGUUUAGCUGUUUGUGAAGUUGGGUUGUUGGUUCUGUUGUUUGGAUCUUCCAUUGUAUUUGAAAUGAUUAUGUCUCAUUCAUUUAUGGUAAUGAAACAACAUCAAUAAUAUGGCUUCUAUUGCUGUAA